AUGUGCUUGCCGUCGACGGAACGUGCAGUUGAUCCCAAGAACACUUCCGGUAGCGCGUACAAGAAAGUCAUAAAAAAGUUUAAAAAGUCGUGGAUUUUGAGUGUGGCGGUCUUACUUAUUGUAUCUGCGGCAUUGCAAAAUCAUACCGUCAACCAAUAUGUUCGCGCCGUCUUGAAACUAACAGCGAUGCAGUUAAUAGAUCUGAGCAAUUUCAAAAAUUUACUUCACGAUUCGUGUUUAAUUUAUAACAAAAUACCAGAACGCAAGCUUACUGAAUCGGAUUGUUAUUCAUGUGAAAGCAUCGAUCGAGUGGACGUUGUCCUCAGACCAGAGGACAUUUUAGAAUCGUACGCGGAUCUCAAUUGGCCAGUUGCGUACCAAAGUGAUGUUAAAACCACCGUCACCGUUGAAGAUUUAGCCCUUGUUCUUUUAAACGGAGACCUCUUACCUUGCGAUUAUGAAUCCAACUUGAAAAUCGAUCCCCUUCGAGCAAUCGAAAUGAAGUAUGGAUGGUUUAUGCAUUGGCGAAAUUGUGAUGACAUCCAAGGAAAACUAAUGCGUGCUUUAUACAGACCAGAUUCGUUUUUGAACAUUUCUCCCGAAACCUGGACAAUUAUGUCGUCCAAGUAUAAAACUGUUCACUAUAAAAAAAUCAACACGUACUACGACGGCAGAGUGGCGGUAUCGCAGAUAAGUGGAACGUUUAAGUACCGGUUGGUGCCCAAAAACCCUUGCUUGGAAAUAUGCAAUCCUUUGGACGGAAGUUUAGAAACUCAUCAUACCCUGGUUUUCAACAAUUUCAUUUGGGAUUUUCAGUAUCUGCCAUCGAAUAAUUCUACCAACAGCAUAGCUAUUAUCUAUUACUUAGAUUAA